AUGGUCUGCCCAGCAGCAGCGGAGUGGUGGGACUGGCUCGAGAAGCUGGGCUUGGUGGGCGGUGGAUGGGCACCGGGGACUGCUCAUGGGAGCUCAGGUCAGGGACCGACCACCGGCCACGCGCGUGGUCCAGGUUGUGUCGCUGGCGGUGAUCUCAGGUACAGGGCGAAGUACGAUGAUAAAGACGCUAAGACAUCCCAAGCAGUGAAGAACUACAUGGAGCCGAUGCGCUCGGAUAGGAAUGCAUCGGCGGUGGAGUUGGCCCGUCGGAACUUGGAGACAUGCAGGCCUAAUUGGGCCCAUAUGGAAGGGGAGGAGGCAAUGGUCAAGUAG